AUGCCGAUCACUUCGUCCGCAACGCCUCCCAGAGCCGGACAGAGAGGCCAAGAGCGUGAGAGGUUCGAGCCCUACGACGAAAGCAGCAGCCUCGGCGUCUCUGGCCGCACCCAAGCGUCAGGCUACGACCAGCAUUCUCAGCCGCCGACAAAUAGCUGA